AUGACGGACGUGAUCAGGGACGCAGGGGUGAAGCAGCCCCUUCCCACCCGGGGUGUAGGGGAGAAGCCAGCCACAGAUUUUGGAUAUGUGGGAAUAGAUGCUAUUUUGGAGCAGAUGAGGAAAAAGGCCAUGAAGCAAGGGUUCGAGCUGAACAUCAUGGUGGUUGGUCAAAGUGGUCUUGGAAAAUCGACAUUAAUAAACACACUCUUCAAGUCCAAGGUCAGCAGAAAAUCUGUACAACCAACAGCUGAAGAGAGGAUUCCGAAAACUAUAGAGAUUAAAAGUAUCACUCAUGAAAUUGAAGAAAAAGGGGUUCGGAUGAAACUGACAGUCAUAGACACUCCUGGAUUUGGGGACCACAUUAAUAAUGAAAACUGCUGGAUGCCCAUUAUGAAGUUCAUUAAUGACCAGUAUGAGAAGUACCUUCAGGAAGAGGUGAACAUAAACCGUAAGAAGAGAAUUCCAGACUCCAGAGUCCACUGCUGUAUAUACUUUAUUCCGGCCACAGGACACUCACUCAGGCCACUGGACAUCGAGUUCAUGAGACGCCUGAGUAAAGUGGUGAAUAUUGUACCUGUCAUUGCCAAAGCAGAUACAUUAACCCUAGAGGAAAGAGAUUAUUUUAAACAGAGAAUCCGUCAAGAUCUACAGAACAAUGGUAUAGACAUCUAUCCUCAGAAGGAGUUUGAUGAGGAUGCAGAAGACCGGCUGGUGAAUGAGAAGAUCAGAGAAAUGAUUCCAUUUGCUGUUGUCGGUAGUGACCAAGAGUACCAAAUUAAUGGUAGGCGAAUACUGGGCCGGAAAACCAAGUGGGGAACCAUUGAAGUGGAAAACAUUGGUCAUUGUGAAUUCGCUCACUUGCGAGAUCUUCUGAUAAGGACGCACAUGCAGAACAUCAAAGACAUAACAAGCAGUAUUCACUUUGAAGCAUACCGCGUCAAAAGGCUUCAAGAAGGAAACAUGCUUUCCAACGGCACAUCGGAAAAAGACUACUCUUCCAACGAGGUUUAA